AUGGCCGGGUCUGAUGCUGACCACUUCAGGGACCAGGCAAGGAGGGACCUCCUGACUCUGCUCGAAGGCGCUCGGGGCAAAAAGAACCUCGUUAUCAGCCAGGAACUGGCCGGUCCAGUUGGCUUGUUCGUCAAGUUCUCUGUCCUUCAGGAAUACGGUGUUGACCGCGUUUUUUUGCUGGAAAAUGCCAACGUCGACUCAUCCCAGCGCAAUGUUAUCUUCUUAGUCCGUGGCGAGAAGGCCCACCAAGUCCGCACGGUAGCCGAACAAAUCAAGCGCCUGCAGAAUAAUGGAAACGCGGACCAUGAGUUCUCGAUUUUCCUGGCUCCCCGGCGGUCCCUUGUAAGCAAUGCGGUGCUGGAGCAGGUGGGCAUCAUCGGCGACGUGAACAUCGCCGAGUUGCCUUUGUAUUUUAUGCCGCUGGAACAGGACAUCCUGUCGUUAGAGCUGGAUGAUGCUUUCAGUGACUUGUAUCUGCACAAGGACCCAGGCUGCAUAUUCCUGGCCGCCAAGGCUCUGAUGGGCAUUCAACAGAGACAUGGCUAUUUCCCCAGAAUCGUCGGCAAAGGAGACAAUGCACGACGCCUUGCAGAUCUGUUGCUGCGAAUGAGGAAAGAGCUUGAUGCUGAAGAGAGCUCCGGGCUGGCGGACCUCUCGGCACGCGGACUUCUGCCAAGUGCGAAUACGGAGAACUUGAUCAUCAUCGACCGUGACGUGGAUUUUGGAACUGCUCUUCUAACACAACUGACCUACGAGGGCCUGAUUGAUGAAUAUGUCGGCAUUCAAAAUAACCAGGCAGAUGUUGACACGAGUAUCGUCGGGCCAGCCCCCGCGCCUCAAUCCCAGGAAUCAUCCAAGACGCCCCAACAGGCGAAACAGGGACUGAAGAGGAAGAUCCAGCUGGAUGCAUCCGACCAGCUGUUUAGCCAAUUGCGAGAUGCAAAUUUUGCCAUCGUGGGCGAUAUUCUGAAUAAAGUGGCCCGCCGCCUGGAAACCGAGUAUGAGAGCCGCCACACUGCCAAAACAACCGGCGAGCUUCGCGAGUUUGUCAACCGCCUGCCGACCUACCAACUGGAACACCAGAGCCUCCGGGUUCAUACCAACCUUGCCGAGGAAAUCAUGAGACUCACUCGUUCCGAAACCUUCCGGAAGAUCUUGGAAGUCCAGCAGAACAACGCCGCGGGCGCCGAUCCCACAUACCAACAUGAAACGAUCGAGGAGCUCAUCGCUCGUGACGUCCCAUUGAAGACCGUGCUGAGACUUCUGUGUCUGGAGUCUUGCAUGUCCGGCGGACUCCGCCCAAGGGACUUGGAGAACUUUAAAAGACAGAUCGCGCAAGCAUAUGGCCACCAGCAUCUCCUCACAUUCUGGGCACUGGAGAAAAUGGAGCUCCUCCAACCCCGAUCCUCGGCUACGGCUAUGCUCCUCCCGUCUGCGGGCGGACAGGCCGGGACAAAGACCAAUUACGGUUUCCUGCGAAAGAAUCUGCGUCUGGUCAUCGAAGAGGUCAGCGAGAAAGACCCUGACGACAUUUCGUAUGUCUACAGUGGCUUUGCGCCUCUCAGCGUCCGCUUGGUCCAAUGCGUCCUGCAAAAACCCUACAUCCUCUCCCUCAUCAAAGGCGGCACUCCCGCGAGCUCAGUGAACACCGCUAGCACCGCGUCCCCGGGCUGGCUCGGCUUCGAGGAUCUGGUCAAGAGUGCCCGCGGCCCCACGUUCAGUCUUGUGCAGAAGGGCGACGACAAAGCUGUUCGUGCCCGACAGACCCUGAGUGGGAACAAUGCUACCAAAACGGUUUAUGUGCUCUUCUUGGGCGGUAUCACUUUUACCGAGAUUGCCGCACUGCGGUUUAUCGCUGCCCAGGAGGCUCCGCGCCGAAAGAUCGUGAUUUGCACCACGGGUAUUGUUAGUGGUGAUCGGAUGAUGGACGCGGCUAUUGAGCAGGGUAGUUUUGCCAAAUCGGAGUAA